AUGUCCAUGUCGCUGUCUCUGGGUUCUUCUGUCUCGAGUCUGAACAACUAUGAGGCUUGCAGGCCUGUGCAGUGCAGCCCAAUAAUCAGACCUGCUCCCAGGGAACAGGUUGUAACAUGGCCCUGGGACUGGCAGUGGAUAGAGAACAAACUUUUCAGCAGGAAGAGAAGCAACUGGAGCACCCUUAUGCUAAUGGAUAACCAGGUCCCUCCCAAGAAAGUUCCAAAGUUCUGUUCCGUUCGCUACGGAAUUGCUAUCUUACUGCUCUUCUGUAAUGUUGUGGUAAUGUCACAGCGUGUGUGUAUAAGCCUCACUAUGAUCGCCAUGGUGAACAGCACAGAGCCGCAUGGUUUGUCCAACAUCUCCACAAAAGAGCUCCAGGAUAACAUAAAGAACCCUGUGUAUAAUUGGAGCCCUGAAAUCCAGGGGAUCAUACUAAGUUCCAUUUUCUAUGGUGUACUCAUCAGCCAAAUUCCUGCUGGAUAUUUAUCUGGAAUAUACUCCUUAAAGAAAAUGAUUGGCUUUGCAUUAUUCUUCAGCUCUCUCUUUACCCUGCUCAUCCCACCAGUAGCUGAACUUGGAGAAACUCUUGUCAUUGUAUGCCGAAUAAUCAAGGGACUAUUCCAGGGGGUAACAUUAACAGCUCAGCAAAUAAUAUGGACCAAGUGGGCUCCUCCCUUGGAACAAGGCCGACUUACCUCUCUGAGUUUAUCAGGUCUUCUCCUAGGACCCUGUGUCGUCAUGCUUAUGACUGGAUUCAUCUGUGACUCCCUAGGAUGGCCCAUGGUCUUUUAUAUUUUUGGUGCUAUGGGCUGUGUUUUAAGUCUUCUCUGGUUCAUCCUGUAUUAUGAAUACCCAAAGGAUCACCCAUUUAUAAGCAUCGGUGAGAAGGAAUACAUCACGUCCUCCCUCGACCAGCAGGACAGCUCAAAUUCGCCAUCUCUGCCCAUCAAGGCUAUGAUUAAGUCUCCUCCACUCUGGGUCAUUUCCCUCACUAAUUUCGCUUUUUUCUGGACAAAUAGCAUCCUGAGUAUGUAUACACCAAUGUUUAUCAACUUCAGAUUUCAAAUUAACAUAAGAGAGAAUGGGCUGCUGUCUUCCCUUCCCCAUUUGUUCGCCUGGAUUUUUGCUGUCCUAGCAGGUCAUAUGGCAGAUGUCUUCCUGUCCAAGAAUAUUCUCAGCCUACUCACCAUCCGGAAACUCUUCACUUCUCUAGGACUUCUUCUGCCUGCCAUCUUCUGCCUAAGCCUGCUUUACCUGAGUUCCAGCUUCCAUGCCACUAUGAUAUUCCUGACACUUGCUAAUGCAACAGGAAGCUUUACUAUGGGUGGAUUAUUAAUAAAUGUUUUGGAUAUCGCUCCCAGAUAUUAUGGAUUUCUUAAAGGAGUUACAAAUGUAAUUGGACUAACAGGAGGAUUAGUUUCUUCCACUCUGACUGGAAUGAUGCUUAGUCAGGAUUCAGAAUCUUCCUGGUUUAAAAUCUUCUUCCUGAUGUCAGCCAUUAAUGUGAUAAGCCAAAUCCUCUACAUUAUAUUUGCUAAAGCAGAAGUUCAGGACUGGGCUAAAGAAAGACAAAACACCUAUCUCUGAAGAUCACACCACCACCAAGGUCACCUUCAAACUAAAGAUAUCAGCAAAUACAAGCUGUGGUCAAAAGACUCAGAUUCUUUAACAAACGAAUUACAAGGAAAAACAAAAGUGAUGGAGGAGUCUCUAGAUUAAAAGAAACUUAAAAGACACUAAAUUUUUAAAAACUGGCAAAAUGAAAGUCUGUAAGAAUACACGCAUGGGUGAUACACCUACAAAGACAUGCCCAGAAGAUGUUACACUGUCAAGAUAGUCAUUAUUGUUAGUCUUAUUAUAGUCAGAUACAUGUAACCAUCACCACAGUUUCCUCGUCCUUCCAACUCUAAGCAGUCACUCCUGUCUCCAUAGAAUUGCCUCUCCUGGACAUUUCAUGUAAAUGGAGUCAUGUAGUUGGUCUUUCGUGAUGAGCCUCUUUUACUUAGCAUACUGUUUGCAAGUGUCAUUCAUGGUGUACCAAGUAGUACUACUCUGCCUUUGUGGCUGAGUGAUGUUCGAUUGUUUGGAUACAUCACAUUUUGUUUAUUUAUCUUUUGAUGGAUAUUUGGGUUGUUUCUACUUUUUAGCCAUUGUCAAUAGACUGUUGUAGACCUUUGUGUCCUGUUGUGUGAAAAUUUUAGUUCUUUUGGGUAUGUAUUUAGGAGUGUAAAUUUGAAAUCAUAUGGUAAUUCUGUGUUUAACUUUUUGAAUAUUGUGUUUUCCAUGGUGGCAGCGCCAUUUGGCAUUCCCACCAGCAAUGCCUUGAGGGUUCCAAUUCUCUGCAUCCUUGUGUUUGUUUUUUUCUGCUUUGUUUUUGUCUUGUAACCAUCCUAUUGGGUUUGAAGUGGUUUUGAUUUGUGUUUCUCUAAUGAUUAAUGAUGUUAAGCAUCUUUUCAUUGCUUAUUGGUCAUUUGUAUAUCUUCUUUGAAAAAAUAUUCAAGUCUUUUGUCCAUUUUUGGGGGGUUAUCUUUUUGUUGCUGUGUUUAUAUAUUCUAGAUUAUGGAAUUAUCAGAUAUGUGAUUUGCAAACAGUCUCUCCUGUUCUGAGGUUGUCUUUUUACUUUCUUGAUAGAGUCCCUUGCUUUGUAAAAGUUAAUAUUUAUAUUUAUGAUAGCCACUUUAUCUAUUUUUCUUUUGUUGCUUAUGCUUUUGGUUUGUUUUUGUUUUUUUUUUUUUUUUUGUCUUUUGUCUUUUUGUUGUUGUUGUUGUUGUUGUUAUUGUUGCUAUUUCUUGGGCCGCUCCCGCGGCAUAUGGAGGUUCCCAGUCCAGGGGUUGAAUCGGAGCUGUAGCCCCCGGCCUACACCAGAGCCACAGCAACGCGGGAUCCGAGCCAUGUCUGCAACCUACACCACAGCUCACGGCAACGCCGGAUCGUUAACCCACUGAGCAAGGGCAGGGACCGAACCCGCAACCUCAUGGUUCUUAGUCGGGUUCAUUAACCACUGCACCACGACGGGAACUCCGCUUUUGGUGUUUUAUCUAAAAAACUAUUACCAAGUCUUAGGUUGUGAAGAUUUACUCCUAUGUUUUCUUCUAUGGAUUUUGUUGUUGUAACUCUUUUAUUUUGAUAUUUGAUCUAUUUUGAGUUAAUUUUUGUAAAUGGUAUGAGCUAAAGGUUUAAAUUCAUUCUUUAGAAUGCAGCUAUCCAGUUGUCCAAGCACAAUUUGUUAAAAAGCCUGUUCUUUCCCAAUUAAAUGAUCUUGGCAUACUUGUCAAAAA